AGCCAUUUGGGCUGAAGGUGCUGCUGGCUUCCCCCCCUCGCCCCCUCCCCGGGCCGGCAGCGUACCCCCUGAGACGCUGCGAACAAACGUGUCAAUCGUCCCGUCUGGGGUGGUAGCGCCCAGAUCUCAGGGCCUCUCGGCUGCGGGCCCGGGCACUCCCCCGCGAUGGCGCGGACGGCCGCCACGGGCCAGGCAAGCCCCGAGGGCUCCCGCCUGCCGAGCCGCUCCAGCAGCCUGGGGAGCCUCAGGCCGCACGCCCGCGCGAGCGCCGGGCCCACGGCGGAGCCGCGGGCGCCCGCGGCCGCCGGCGGGCGCUGCGCGAGCACGGGGGGCCCGGCUGGACCUGCGCCCGGCGCCGUGGCGGUCCCCGCGAUGCGGGGUCUGCGCCCCGCGCUGUGGCAGGCCGCGCCAGACGCCCCGCGGUGCCCGACCCCCAGCACGGGUCGCGGCUCCCCCGCGUCCAGGCGCAGGGCUUCUGCCUCGAGGCUCUCGGUGCGCAGUCGUAGCUCCACCACCCUGAUGUCGGGGCCGCCGUCCACUACCGGGCCCGGGUCGCUCGGCCUCGCCGACGGCGGCGGCCUGGCCGAGGUGCGGGGCUGCGGGGCGACAGUGGUCGACAUGAUCCGGUCCAGGCGCGGUGGUCGCCGGUCCCUGCCGCUGGAGGGCGGGGACAGCAGCCGCCCCACCUCCAGCGGAUCGUCCCGCUCCACGAGCUCCACAGGCACCGAGGGGGCCAGCGGGGCCCCAGGCAGCGGCAGCGACGUCAUGGAGGUGUGCCGCCUAGCCAGGGCCAUGCGGGUGCCCGUGGCAGAGAUGCAGCGGUCGUACGCGCUCUUCCGGGCGUACGCGGGCCCCCUCGCCGCGGGUGCCGAGCUCCUCCGGGAUGGGCGUGUCAGUCAGGAGCAAUUCGCCGAGCUCGUGCGGCACAGUCUUGUCACGGACAGUGCCAUCCUGGCGAAGCGGUCCAUCCAGACAGCGUUCCAGCAUUGCGAUGCGGACCGGGACGGCGCUCUGAAAUUCGACGAGUUCGCCCAGUGCAUGCGCUGCCUGAUGUUCAACGAGGCUUUCAACAUCAGCUCAGAGGAGCGAGAGCUGCGCAGGAUAGCCAAGGAACACAACCUUUCUUUCGUCGAGGUCGACAGGUACAAGAAGAUGUUCGACGAGCUGGACGGGAACGGCAGCGGCAGCGUUGAAGAGCACGAGUUCGAGGACCUUCUCUACAGGUGCGGCAGCGUCCCGCGGGAGCUCGGCAUCUCCGCUGGGCGCUUGCGUUCCCUCUGGCGGGAGGCGGGCCCGCACGCGGACGGGCGCCUCGGCUUCCAGGGGUUCCUGGUGUUCCACCUGCGGCACUUCGCCCCAGGAUCCAAGGGCUUCGGCGAGCGCUGCAAGUGAUGGCGGGCCGCUCUCUGGGGCCGAGCGUCUCGCCAUGCAGUGCAGAGCGGCCUGGACCGCUCUGGCGGCGAGGAGGGGCUCCUCCAUCGUCCGUGAUCUCGCGUUGCACCGUUCCCCUGCCACUGGAUGAGUAGAGGGCAGCCGGCCCCCGAGUAUCUUUGGCACGCUGUGCGUAGGAUUCCUGUACCCCACCACCCCACCUCCGAGUUAAGACAGCUUCGGAGAGGAGUGGUGCCUGGCACCCAACUUAUGUUUGGGAAGCUGCUCCCUGUAUCCCUGAGGGUGACCCUUUUUGCCAGCCUUUCCAUUCUAAGCUGACCUCAUGCUUGCACUAUCAUUUUCGGAGAGAUCCGAGUCCCGAGGACGAGAGGGAUAUGGG